AAGGAUCAGGUGGAGCCAUGGUCAGGCAUCUGCACCCACAGCCUGACUCUCCUCAAUCAACCAUCUGUGCAGCAGGAUCAACCUGUCCCCUUCCAGUGAUGGUUAUGAUGUUAUACCUUGCACAUCAAUUCCUACAAUCUGCUAUGGACCCAGCAGCUCUGGUUCAUGAAAUGGAGAGAUGUUUUCCCAUCCUCACAUCUGCAUAUCAGUGGACAGAUUGUCCCUCCAGUCCAGACUCCACCCCCCAAUCCUAUCAAUCACAAUCUCUUAUGCAAUUCACAGGUGACUUGGUACCAGUGUUGCAUCUUAGCUUAUCACACAACAUGUUUACCCAAAGCAUGUGGAGCAGAUACAUACCACCUGAUUGUUUUGGUAAUGUUGAAACAACAUCUGGAGCCUAUGAUCUCUGAGGAACUAUAUGUAUGAUAUGUAAUCAACUUUGUUGGUAUUAUAGAAUCAAUAUAAU